AUGAUAGCCGAUUCACCAGCGGAAGUCUACUACAUGGUGCGGUACUUGCUGGAGCUUGCCCUCCUCGAGCAUACUUCUGUGCGGUUUCGACCAAGUAUUACCGGAGUUGCGGCAUUUUUUCUGGCGAAUAUCAUAUUUGGCUUGGAUUAUGGACUACUGAACACUGAAACAGGUUAUGUGCCUCACUUUUAUGCGUUUUGCCGUGCAGCGCCAUAUGCUUUCGCAUCAUUCUUUUAUUGA